AUGCGGCGGUUGGGCGAGAGGGUCAAACGGUGUAUAACCUUUGCCACCGGCCUGGUCGAAUGCCUUUGUUUCACCGGUAUGAUUGCUGGUUGGCCCUCGCUCGUUUAUGUGCUGAAGCGGGAUCGGUACUUCGCCGAGCUUUGUGUGACGGCGCACAACUCCAGCGGUCCGCGGGCACCGAAUGCCACCGUGGACUGCACUCUACAGGACGAGCAAUUCACGCUAAUCUACACCAUCUCCACUUUCGUCAUGAACAUCGCGCUGACAGCCAUUGGCUUCAUGUUCGAUUACUGUGGCACCAUGGGGGCCCGCUUCGUGGCCAUCUCCUUCUGCACUUCCGCAACACUGAUGGCCGCCUUCUCCACGGCUGCUUCGGCAAAGCUCCUGUUUCCUGCACUUGCCCUACUUGGACUGGGCGGAGCUAUCUUGCUGAUAUCAAACGUACAGGUUGGAAAUCUAUUUGAAAGCAAGCGCUCUAUUGUUAUCACACUGUACCUCGGAGCCUACAAUUCAUCGCCAGCCGUGUUUCUGGUUGUCAAGGUGUUGUACGAAACUGGUUUCUCCCUGAGAUCCAUCUUCCUAUUCAUCAGCUCCCUGAGCCUCUUACACAUCGUGCGCACUAUCUUUCUGAUGCCACGGACACAUAUCCCAUACCCCAUUCCAGAGGGAUAUACCUACGGGGCGACCUGUAAGAUGUUUAAAUUGAUCACGGUCUGCCGUGAAGAGCAGACGUUCGAUCAGUGGCGCUCCAGCUGGGAAACACCCAGAACUAGGAGCAAGUGCAUGGAACAGACCGGAGGAGGCGUUGAAGAGGGAAGGGACGACGCGGUGGUCGGGGGGAGACACAGGAGGAUGGAGUCCAAAGGGGAUACGGCAGAGAUACAUGGAAGUAAUGAUGGGAAUCUCCAGCCCAAUGGGAAAGAAGAGUCGGUGGCCAGAGACAACCAGGAUCAAAGUCCCUCUUUCAGGAAUUGCAUUUUCUCCCGGCUUUAUCUUACGCACCUCCUCUGGUUCUCGCUUAUCCAGCUCCGUCAUUUCCUGUUUAUCGGAACGCUGAAUCCCAUGCUGAACUUGAUGACGGACGGGGAUCCCAGGAAAGUCAGCAGCUAUACAAACGCCUUCGCGUUCACCCAGAUGUGCGCCAUUUUCUGUGCUCCCUGGAAUGGGCUGAUCCUGGAUCGACACAAACGAAGAGGCUCGGCUGCCCGUCAGCGACUGGAAGACAUGCAGUCAGCGGUUCUCUCUCUCGUUUUCACCGUCAUUUUCUCCGUCCUCUUCUCUCUCUGCGCCACUAUCCCAGUGCUGAAAGUGCAGUUCCUGACCUUCAUCCUACACGUGAUCCAUGUAGCGUUCCUCUACGGAAGUGACUCCGCAUUCGUCGCCGUCGCUUUCCCCCCGUGUCAUUUCGGGAAGGUCUGCGGAACCACGCAGGCUCUCGGGGCCGUGGUCUCCCUCAUCCAGUAUCCGUGUUUCAUUCUCGUCAAGGGACCUUUGAAAAAUAACCCAUUGUACAUGAACGUCGCGUUUAUUGCGCUUGUGACCUUGGCCUUCACCCACCCACUGAACGUCUACCUGUGGUGCAGACGGGAGAGAAUGAAGAGAACGGGGUGA